AUGGUCACUCAGGACUGGGGUGAAGUGGCGUUUGUUCUUGACCAGCCCGCAGGAACUAGCAAUCUACUACUUAACAGCCAGAACAUGACUUUCAACGCCGGCAGGAAAGCUAUUGGGGGUCGUCUCAUCAAUAUCGCUGGUUGGAUACGCAAUGCCCACCACCAGCUCCAUGCUUUUAAGCAAAUGUUUCUCAUGGGUACCGAGCGUUUUGGUGAUGUCAAACAUCGCUUCCUUCAUCGAGUGAGAUGGGAAAUCGAGCAACUCUACCUUGCCCCACUCUAUAAGAUCAAAGAGCAAAUCAACAGCGGCGCUCUCACCAUGGGAUCAUACACGGUAAUUUUCUUCCCGGAAGGCUGUCAACUCUACGGGGAGACAGAAUGGAAACUUCUACCACUCCUUCGAAAGAUACGGGGCCGUGCACUUAAGCUGCUUAGGCGGUGGGCUAAGAUAAGCAAAAUGGCUUCAGCCCAAGACAUCAACGUGACGGAUAUGUAUGUUGAGCUUGGAACACCAAUCCCCGUUCAGGGUUGCAUGGAGUUGCUAUUGGAAUUAUCGUGCCUCGAGUUUCGAGCGGUUGGCUACAAGUCCUCACGUCUAGGCGAUGGGACGAUAGCGUCGACUUUAGAUACGAAGAGAACUAUGAAAGACGGUUGGAAACGGAUCCGGUGCUACCUGGAAAAAUUCCCAAACGGGACGAUCAAGACUCUCAAGGACUUCGUAAAGCCUAUCGACACCAUUGAAGAGCUAGAGGGAGACGAUCGCCUCUUCGAGCAACGCCCUUACCAGCCAUUCGUGACGCAUGUGUGCUUCCUUUGUGGGACUGCCGGAGCAACGAUGGAACGCAUCAAAUUCGCGGAGUUCAAGAAGUGCCUACUACAUAUUCGGAAGCAGAGGGUACCUGAAGAGGGAUGGAUCUCCCGCGAAUGCAGGCGAAUCCACACAACUGCAACAGAAACGCCUCUCCCAGACCAGCAACGAUUCGAGCGCAACGAAGUUGUACUGAGUCCCGUACUCAGCAUGCGCUGUCAUAUAGGGCAGGCUUUCGACUAUCUGCUCAAUCCAGUGUCGGGUUGCAAGAUUUGUCGGGUUGUGCGGGGUUAUCCUGAAGUCAUCACCAAUGGUCACAAUGCAUACGGGAAGAGCUCCGGGGCCGUCAACUGUGCUGAGUACGCUACAGCGCCGCGUUGCAAAAAUAUGGAGGUCCAUGUUAUUGGUCCAACAGAUCCAAGUGGAAUCUGUACAGUGUCGACGCUGCGAAGGUUCCUCACCCAGUUUCGUCACUCCAUCAACUGGUCGUUGAAGACAGGGAAAGGAUAUGGACAAAGACAUGAAUGGAAAGGCCCAAGGGAGGUUACCUGGCAGGGAUAA